AUGAAUAUUGUUAAAUUGCAAAGAAAAUUCCCCAUUUUAACCCAAGAAGACCUUUUCUCGACCAUUGAGAAGUUCAGAGAAAUCGAUAUUGAAGAUAAAGGUUGGGUCGACAAACAAACCGCGCUUGAUAGCGCUUCUAAAACUAGUAAUGUGCCUUACGACAUUGCUAGAGAAACCUUAAAACAUGUCUCUGUUGAUGCCUCGGGCCGUGUCGAACUAGAUGAUUACGUCGAAUUAAUUUCCAAGAUUAAAGAGUCUGAUACAAAGGGUCCAAGUAUGGCUGCAUCUUCUAUGCCAAAAACUAGUUUCAAUGUAGCCGGAGGAAACACGGAAAUGGUUACCAGUGAAGCUCAAGAGUCUGGCCUACAGCACAGAGGUGUUGGCUCAAGGGCUAAGAUCAUUGUUGGUGGUUCAACUACUGGUACAACACAUACUAUCAAUGAGGAAGAAAGAACAGAAUUUACAAAGCAUAUUAACACUGUAUUAAGUGGCGAUGUAGAUAUUGGCCAUUUGUUACCGUUCCCAACUGAUACUUUUCAAUUAUUCGAUGAAUGUAGGGAUGGUUUAGUUUUAUCAAAGUUGAUAAAUGACUCUGUGCCUGAUACUAUCGAUACUAGAGUUUUAAAUAAACCCAAGAACGGGAAAAAUUUGAAUAAUUUUCAAGCCAGUGAAAAUGCCAAUAUCGUCAUCAAUUCAGCUAAGGCAAUUGGCUGUGUUGUCGUUAAUGUCCAUUCAGAAGAUAUUAUCGAAGGUAAAGAACAUUUAAUCCUUGGUUUAAUUUGGCAAAUCAUCAGAAGAGGUCUUUUGAGUAAAAUUGAUAUUAAGUUACAUCCAGAAUUAUACCGUCUGCUAGAAGAUGACGAGACCUUAGAACAAUUCCUAAGACUACCUCCUGAACAAAUCUUACUACGUUGGUUUAAUUACCAUCUAAAGCAAGCAAACUGGAACAGAAGAGUAUCAAACUUCUCCCAAGAUGUUUCUGACGGUGAAAACUACACUAUUUUGUUAAACCAAUUAGCACCAGAUUUAUGUUCUAAAGCACCAUUACAAACCUCCGACUUGAUGAAUAGAGCUGAACAAAUUCUACAGAACGCUGAUAAAUUGGGUUGCAGAAAGUAUUUAACCCCAGGUGCCUUGGUUAAAGGUAAUCCAAAAUUAAACUUGGCUUUUGUUGCACAUUUGUUCAAUACACAUCCUGGUUUGGAACCAGUGGAAGAAGAGGAAAGGCCUGAGAUUGAAGAAUUUGAUGCUGAAGGUGAAAGAGAAGCCAGAGUAUUCACCUUGUGGUUAAAUUCAUUGGACGUUGAUCCACCAAUUGUCUCAUUGUUUGAAGAUUUGAAGGACGGUUUAGUCUUAAUGCAAGCAUACGAAAAAGUUAUGCCAGGUGUCGUUGAUAAAAAGCAUGUUAAUAAAAAAAGUAAUCCAGAUGUUGAGUUAUCCAGAUUUAAGGCCUUAGAAAAUACAAACUAUGCUGUUGAACUUGGUAAAGCAAAUGGAUUCUCUUUGGUUGGUAUUGAGGGUUCAGACAUACUCGAUGGUAAUAAAUUAUUAACUUUAGGUUUAGUAUGGCAAUUAAUGCGUAGAAAUAUCAAUAAUACUAUGAAGACACUAUCAACCAGCGGGAAGGAUAUCUCAGAUGCUCAAAUGCUCAAAUGGGCUCAAGACCAAGCUGCUAAAGGUGGCAAACCUUCGACCAUCCGUUCCUUCAAAGAUCCACAGCUAUCUAAUGCUCACUUCCUAUUAGAUGUCUUAAAUGGUAUUGCGCCAGGUUAUGUUAACUACGAGUUAGUUACAACAACGAACACUCCUGAAGAUAAUUAUGCCAACGCAAGAUUGGCCAUUUCUAUCGCAAGAAAGUUAGGUGCUUUAAUAUGGUUAGUUCCUGAAGAUAUAAAUGAAGUCCGUUCAAGAUUAAUUCUAACGUUUAUUGCUUCAUUGAUGUCACUAAAUAAGUAG